AUGAAGCUGGAACCCACCAACGCCGAUGAAAAUGGCGGCAGAAAAAAGAAAAAGAGAAAUCUUGGCCAGUUUCCCUGCUCCCAGUGCAACAAGGUAUUUACCCGUUCAGACCACCUAGCCAGGCACUACCUCAACCACCAGCCAAAACAAGUGUAUGUUUGUGAAAGACUCGUGAAGAAUCAUAAUGGCGAACUGCGUGUGUGUGGCAAAACGUUUGUUCGAAAGGACUUGAAAGAGAGACAUCUCAAGCGGCACAAGAUGCUUGAAGAUAACGACAUGGCCCGCUGGGACGACGAGCUGGGCAGCUUAGACAGCCAGAGCCCGCUGCUUUCGGUGAAGCUUGAAGAAGAAGCCAGGGGCCAGCGACAGGGCCAACCCCAAGCGCAAAGUCACGCCCACGAGCAGACCCAAGGUCAGAGUCAGCACCUACAACAAAUCCAAAGUCAGGGCCAGCAGCACCAAAUCCAGCAGAACCAUGCACAGCCCACCGUCCAGCUACCGAGUCAGAUGCAGAAUGCCCAUGAAGGUAGCCUCGGUCAAAGUGGCCUUGGCCAGCCGUUGCUUGAUCACGCUCCACUUCAGGCGCCUCUACACGCCCCUCUUCAACCUCCCUUGCAGUCUUCGCUUCAGCCGCCACUACGAACACAAGGUGUUCCCGUGGGUCUGCCUUUCCAAAAUGAAACCUCGUUCCAGUAUCGCCAGCAGCCACCUCCGCCAGACAUGUUUCGGUUGAACCCUAAUGUGCCCCAAUCUCAGACAGACAUUCUCUCGUGGCUUUUCACGGACCAGGACCCUUACAGCAUACCCAAGGAGCUUGUGCCGCCGUCGUACCCGGCUCUGAACCUCUCGAACUCUCCCGAUUUCCACAAUCUUGGUGUCGACAUGCCUCGAGCGUCUCCUAGACAUGGCGAGGUGCCUUACUUUAAUCAGGUCCCCGAGACAACCAUCAACAUGAACCUCCAGGAUCUUAAUUUCUUUUCGAAUAACGAUAAUCCGCUUGACGAGGUGUUUCUACGAUCACUGCACGAGCAGGGCAUGUUGGGCGACCUGCGUGCCCAAAAAGGUGCUUGGAAUAUCAGCUCUACUAACUCAAGCACUCCCACCACGGCAGAAACGCUAACUCCGAAAUCUGUCAGUGAACAUAAUCCGGAGGGGUUUCAGCUCGAGGCUGUCGAGAGGAGAGUUGCUCAUCAUUCCUCCAAAAAUACUCCCAAGAAUCGCCAUUUCCAUGUGGACGACAUCCUCAUGAAAACGUUGGCCACCUGCUUGCCCGAUGUGACGUUUGAAAAAAUCGACCACAUCCUAAGACCAAGUUCUAGUGAUCCUUCUUCCCGUGACAGACUCUCGUUCUACUUGUACAGCUACUGGGAGGUUUUUCACCCCAAGUUUCCUAUUUUACACAAACCAUCUUUUGACACCAAAACCGUCGAGCCUCUUCUUUUAUUGGCUAUGAUCAUCGUUGGGUGUCUGUAUGCUGCCACUACGGAAGAAUACUCGGCAGUCUUCAAGCACUGUCCUGAAUUCAAACUCGCCAUGCUUAUUGCGGUUCCCUUGCGGUUCACGCUCUUCCAGCAUGAAGAUUUCAGGUCACCUGUCAGGGUGUGGAUCUUACAAACGCUUAAUCUAUUGGAGUGGUGUGAAAAGAACUGUCUUCAAAGACUGAUGCACGAAAGAGCUCAUAUCCAUCACGGUACCACGGUGCAGUUACUUCGAAGAUCGCCAUUCUUGGGUGGAAACCCAACAGUGGCCAAUAAGGAGGUCACGUCAGCAAGUGAUACAAACACUAGUGCUGGAGAAGAGGACGGUGCAAUGACCGAGGACUUGGACGAGGCAGCUCGGUCGGAUCAGAAUUUGUUCAACAAGUGGGUUGAGUCCGAGUCAAUGAAGAGGGUCACUUUCAUGACUUUUUAUUUGGACAUCAUCGACUACAUCAAGUUUCGCCACAAUCCGCAAAUUCCAUUCUUUCAGCUUCAGCUCUUAAAUCUUCCGUGUGAGGAGGAUGCGUUAUGGGCAUCUCACGAUAUAUGUGGGUCCUUUAAGAAAACUAUCAGAAGACAAAAGAAAUUGCAAAAGGCUAAUUCUCAAAACGUGGGAGUCAGAAACCUAAAGAAUCCUAAUCAAAUCAAGCCUGGCAUGAAUUUCUUGAGUGCCCUUAAAAGAGUAAUGAGACAGACAGGAAAAGAAAGGACCCGCUCAAAGGUGUCGUUUUUCACCAAGCUGAUCUUGUUCGGUGGAAUUGUAUCCAUCAUGCAUCUGAUGCAGCAGACUGAGCUACAGAACAGCUUCUCUCAGAUUAUGUCCUCAGAGAGACAGGUCACGAAUAGGAAUCAAAAGUGGAAAGAGAUCCUUACAAUGGUACUUGACGAUUACGACCAUGAAAUCUACGCUGGUGAAAGUGGGUUGACGAGGGAUUCUUUCUUUAAUGUCAACCGCUGGCAGUGUAGAUACCCCAUGUAUCACUUAGCGCAGAUCAUCGGUAUGUCUGAUAUCAACCACUACGAUAUAGCCAUCUUCGGCGGGUCGCCCGGCAACAUGAGCGUUGAUGCAACUAGCAAGGAUCUAUUCAUUGUGCAGAAAAAACUCAAUUCGAUGUGGUUGAGGUCUCUUCCAGCCAUGAAAAAGAAUGUUGGUGAUCUAAUUAACUAUAAGUGUGUUGUUCACUGCUAUUGGCUCUUGUGGUCGCUAAUGCUUGCUCCUCUUAGUAAGGAUGGGGUUCCAGCGACGGGACAAUCGUUGACGUACGACUGGCGGGUUGAUCACGAUAUUCAUGAUUCGCUUUACGCUGUAAGUAUCGCCACCUUGGUUCUUUGGUGCUACUGCUACUCAGUCUACGGACCGGAAUCUACCAAGUUUGCCGAGCAUGGCGGGUCUCUAUCAUUGGACAACACACGUAAUUACGAGAGGAUCUCUGGGUUUGCAGCAGAGGAUGGCUACCAGUAUCUUUUUCGUAUUCGGCAAGAAUUCACCGAGAAAAUCAAAAACCAGAAUCUUCUGAACGAGUUCCUUCUCCAUAGCACUCGCACGGCAGAAGAGCUAAUGCCCGUGAGCCAGAUAGUCAACAAAUACAGCGAGGUGUUGCCGACAAUCGCCAACAAACAGAAUAUCAGCGGGCUCUGUUUUCUUGUGGGCACGAAAUUGUUGCGCAGCCAGUGGCUGGUGAUUCGGGAGAACGCCAAAUUGAUCAUCAAUUGCGGGCUCCGGUCUGCGGGAAAGACGGAAGUGAUUUGUCCCGACCUUUUCAAAGACGACUAUGUCGACUAA